AUGCGCAUCCUGGGCGGGGUCAUUAGUGCCAUCAGUGAGGCGGCUGCGCAGUAUAACCCAGAGCCUCCGCCCCCACGCACCCAUUACUCCAACAUCGAGGCCAAUGAGAGUGAGGAGGUCCGACAGUUCCGGAGGCUCUUUGCCCAGCUGGCUGGAGAUGACAUGGAAGUCAGCGCAACAGAACUUAUGAACAUUCUCAACAAAGUGGUUACCCGACACCCUGAUCUGAAGACUGAUGGUUUUGGCAUUGACACAUGUCGCAGCAUGGUGGCCGUGAUGGAUAGUGACACAACAGGCAAGCUGGGUUUCGAGGAAUUCAAGUAUCUGUGGACCAACAUAAAAAAAUGGCAGGCCAUAUAUAAACAGUUUGAUGUUGACCGUUCAGGAACCAUUGGCAGCAGUGAACUUCCGGGGGCCUUUGAGGCAGCAGGGUUCCAUCUAAAUGAACAUCUCUACAACAUGAUCAUCCGACGCUACUCAGAUGAGGAAGGGAACAUGGAUUUUGACAACUUCAUCAGCUGCCUGGUUAGGCUGGAUGCCAUGUUCCGUGCUUUCAAAUCUCUUGAUAAAGAUGGCACUGGACAAAUUCAGGUGAACAUCCAGGAGUGGCUGCAGUUGACUAUGUAUUCCUGA